AAGCAAGAAACUAGAAUGAAACAUGCCCCUCAAAGUAGAAGCCAUGCCAGUCCUAGUGAUGCGGUUUCUCCUUACAGCUUCCGCCCUAGUAGUUUCUCUGCAGCUGGCGCCGGCGGCGGCAGUCACUGCCGGUGACUCCAACACAGCACCACGGCCACACUGCCCAAGCAAGUGCGGCGACGUGGAAAUUCCCUACCCAUUCGGCAUAGGUAAUAACUGUUCUUGGCCAGGCAUGGAUGACUUCACCAUCACUUGCAACCAUAGCUUCGACCCUCCGAGACCAUACACCGGCAACGUCGAGGUUAUCAACAUUUCGGUGGAGACUGGUGAGAUGCAUGUCUUCACCGUCGUUUCUUACACCUGCUACAACUCGACCAACACCAUAGAAUCCUACCAAGAAAACAGCUUGUUACUCGUGCCGCCGUUUCUUAUCUCGCCUACAAACAACAUCUUCACGGCCAUCGGCUGUGAUACACUGGCGUUUCUGGAUUGUGGAGCUGACUGGAACUACUACUACACCGGCUGCAUCACCAACUGCCUGAGCUUCAAUGAUUCGGCUUUUGACGGAGACCCGUGCACGGGGCUGGGCUGCUGCCAAGUUUCAAUCCCGCGCAACCUUAGAAAGAUAAAUGUCACCUGGAACAACCAGGCCAAUAAUUAUGCGUGGGAGUACAGCCCUUGUAACUACGCCUUCGUGGCCGAGAAGAACUGGUACAACAACUUCAGCCGAAGAGACUUCAACGGCAUGGGAAAUGAGAGCUUCCUCAACCGGGUUGGGGAUAGAACGGUUCCGUUGGUGCUUGACUGGGCUAUCAGGGGUAACGGGUCUUGCCAGAUGGCAGCGGAGGCCACAGGGGCGGCAGUGAAACGGACAGCACCUGCCUGUGCCAGCGCCCACAGUUACUGCAUCGACAUCGACGCCAGACAAGGGGGUGGAUACCGAUGCAAUUGCUCCGAGGGAUACAUGGGAAAUCCCUACAUCCCCCAUGGGUGCACAAAUAUCAACGAAUGCCAACUUCAAUUAUAUUCCUGUCCAAGUGGCAGCAAUUGCAUUGACACAGAUGGUAAGUACAGGUGUCAAUGCAAAUUCGGCCGAAAAGGAGAGGACUGUCGUCCCAUAUUUCCGGCGCCAGCUGCUGCAAUAUUAGCAACACUUGUAGCAAGCCUUCUUCUAUCGCUCCUGCUAUGGUUUGUUCACGUGGAUCGAAAGCGGCGAAUGAAGACUGCCUUCUUCGACAAAAACGGUGGUAAAAUAUUGAAGGGCGCAGCUGACAUCAACAUAUUCACAGAAGUUCAGCUGAAUAAGUUCACAAACCACUACAAAACCCUUAUUGGAAGGGGGUCUUUCGGCAUGGUGUUCAUGGGAAUCACUGAUGAAAAGCAACAAGUUGCGGUUAAACGCUCCAUCAUGAAAGGCAAUAAACUUGGUGGAGACAACUUUCAGCCAGGGGAUGACAUUGUGAAUGAGAUCACUUUCCAGUUCCGGAACAGACACCCAAACCUGGUCCGCCUUGUUGGGUGCUGCUUGGAGACCAAUAUCCCUGUGUUGGUCUUUGAGUACAUUCCUAAUGGGAGCCUCUACAACCUGCUUCAUGUCGCAACGCAAAAGGUGCUCCCUCUACUGACACGCCUCAAGAUUGCCAUCGGCUCUGCAGAAGCACUUGCCUAUAUCCACUCUCAUGUUGAUCAUGAACGCAUCCAUGGUGAUGUCAAAUCUGCCAACAUCCUCCUGGAUGAUAACCUCAUGCCCAAGGUCUCUGACUUUGGAUCGUCCAAGCUUUUGUCAAUCGAUAGGUAUGCCAUGGCUGUGGCAGCAGAUAUGAGCUACGUAGACCCGGUGUAUAUGAAGACGGAACUUUUUGUGAAGAAGAGUGAUGUCUACAGCUUUGGCAUGGUGCUCCUCGAGUUGAUCACCCGGAAGGCGGUCAAGUAUGGCAAAAAUAGAAUCAAUAGCCUCCCUAUGGACUUUGUCAAGUCUUGUAAGGAGAAGGGCAAUGGAAGGGAGAUGUAUGACACAAACAUUUUAUCUCAUGGCCAUGCUCAGUGUCAUCAUUGCAUAGAGUGCCUUGACAAGAUCGGUGCUCUUGCAGUCCGUUGUCUCAAGGAAGAUGUGGAUGAGAGACCAACAAUGGCAGAGAUCGUGGAUGAAUUGAAGCAAGCGGCAGAGAUAGUGGACAAAUGCAAGCAGCAAGGGAACAUAAUAGCCUACGGUCCCUCAUGUUUUGAGAUAAGUUAAAGGCACAUACCUACGCGCCUUGAUGAAGAAAGCAAUGUAAACAUGCUUGGUGGGAUCAAGCUAUAGCUACUUUAUGGAUGCAAAUGUACUAUAUUUUUUUUUUGUAUUCGAAAGGGUGAUUCAUCUACUUGGGAAACAACAGCUUAUCAGGUCUUAUACCACAGUGUAGCGUCCCCGCCCAUGCUCGAAGAACUAAGACUACAGUACAUUCAACUUUCUGGUUCAGUACCCACUACCAUCUUUAACUUGUCUAGGAUGCAAGCCAUGCUUUUAAUGCACAACAAUUUAAAUGGACCGGUUCCAAACAAUCAAA